GUGCCUUCUUCAGCUUUUCCCUUUUUUCUUCUUUGUUUUUUAUCUAAUUCAUUUCAUUUUUUCCUCUCUAAUUCAACCUUUUCCCAUUAACAUUUCAAUCACAAUACACAAAACAUAAAAUGAAAAAGAAGGCCCCCGAGACUUCCCAUGCCGAGCGCUUGGUCAAAACUUGCGCCGAGAUCGUCGCCGAGCUGAUCGACAGCAGCGCGCAAGGCAAGACAGUCAACCUCAACGCGCUCAAAGCCAAGUACGCACGGGUCAACCAGCUAUCAUCACAGCCGCGACUAGUCGAUAUUAUAGCGGCUAUCCCGGACCAGCACCGGAAGGAGCUUCUGCCGCGGCUCAAGGCCAAGCCAGUACGCACAGCAUCGGGCAUCGCUGUGGUUGCCGUCAUGUGCAAGCCGCAUCGCUGCCCGCAUAUCACGUACACCGGCCACGUCUGCGUCUACUGCCCGGGCGGGCCGGACUCAGACUUUGAGUACUCGACGCAGUCGUAUACCGGGUACGAGCCCACGAGUAUGCGGGCGAUUCGCGCGCGAUACGACCCUUAUGAGCAGGCGCGUGGCCGCGUGGAGCAGCUCAAGUCGCUUGGACAUAGCGUGGAUAAGGUUGAGUUUAUCGUUAUGGGCGGUACAUUUAUGUCCCUGUCAGAGGAGUACCGCAAUUGGUUUAUCAUGAACCUACAUGAUUCACUGUCCGGCCACCGCAGCAGCGAUGUUGAUGAGGCUGUGAGGAUGUCUGAGCAGAGCCAGACCAAGUGUAUUGGGAUUACGAUUGAGACGCGGCCGGAUGCUGCGCUGAAGCCGCAUCUCAGCCAUAUGCUGCGGUACGGGUGCACGCGGCUGGAGCUGGGCGUGCAGAGUGUCUACGAGGACGUCGCGCGCGACACUAACCGCGGCCACACCGUGCGCGCCGUCUGCGAGUCAUUCCAAUUGGCCAAGGAUUCUGGAUACAAGGUGGUCGCGCAUAUGAUGCCGGACUUGCCCAACGUCGGCAUGGAGCGGGACAUUGAGCAGUUCAAGGAGUACUUUGAGAAUCCGCAGUUCCGCUCCGACGGGCUCAAGCUAUACCCGACCCUGGUUAUCCGCGGAACUGGCCUCUACGAGCUGUGGCGUACCGAACUAUACGCCAAUGCUCUUGUCGAUCUUGUGGCGCGAAUUCUGGCGCUGGUGCCGCCAUGGACGCGCGUCUAUCGCGUGCAGCGCGAUAUCCCGAUGCCGCUGGUUGGCAUUGUCGAUAUUCACACCAAGGUGCAGCCGGAUCAGGUCGAGAUGAUCCGCAGGGACUAUGUGGCGAACAAUGGCUGGGAGACUUUCCUUUCGUAUGAGGAUCCCGAGACGGAUAUUUUGAUUGGGCUGUUGCGGCUGCGCAAGCAGUGCUCGAUUGUGCGCGAGUUGCAUGUUUACGGAAGCGUUGUGCCGAUGCACUCGAGGGACCCAAAGAAGUUCCAGCACCAGGAGGCGGAGCGCAUUGCCAGAGACGAGCACGGAUCGGUCAAGCUUGCCGUCAUUAGCGGGGUCGGCACCCGCCACUACUACCGCCGCCUGGGCUACGAGCUCGACGGCCGUACAUGUCCAAGAUGCUUGUGUGAAGAAAGACUAUCGAGUUGAUUAAAUUGGAUUGAUUAGAUUGAUUGAAUCAGGGGAUUGGAGGAUCAGCGCGGUGGCAUGUGAAAAGAAACAAGGCACAAUUCGCGUAUAUUUUUCUUGGGUGGGGUUUGCUGUUCUGCUGUGAACCACAUGACGUCAACGCACCGCCACUUAUUCGCCUCAAUCAUCUUUUUUAUCGCGACAUGGCGAGCAGCAGCAGCAGCAGCAGCAGAAAAGCAAGCUUGAUUUAUUCUGUUCUCAACCUGAUUCUUCUGACAGAUUAGAAUAAAAUGACUGGGCGAGAACAACCCCCCUCAUCUUGAUUCCGUUCGUUUCAUCUGCCAUUUCGUCAUCCGAUCUUUCCAUUACCCCCUUUCCAGAAUAAAUAAAUGCAGAAUCG